CAACGUGCGGUUUUCUUGAUUUUAAUUCGGAAGAGUGCGUGAUGCCGGUUCAACCGGCGACGUAAACGUGAUGUUAAUCCGUUUCUGGACAUUGUCGAUGUUGUGCACCGCGGCAGUUUGUCAGGACUGCUUAUUUUACAAUCCGAAUACAACGGAAAUAUUUACCAGCGCAUUUUUGAGUGUGCCGGAAGACGUUCCCACUGGUAAAGUGAUUGCUCAAGUUGAUGCAAAAAUUGUUUUCCGAAUUACGCUCGUCCCCACCGACAACGACAUUGUUACGAAACUUUUCACCGUCGUGGUGCGGAAUAACGUUUCCGUUGAGAUUAGAACACAGGAAAAGCUUACAUCUUUACUGCCCCACAUCAAAGAUCUCAAUUUUCAACUUCAAUGUACCGGUCCAAGCGGCAGCUUCACGACCUUGCCCUUUAUCAUUACGGUUAUCGAUAUUAAUGACCAUGCACCAGUUUUCUAUGAUUAUCCCUAUGAAGCGCAUAUUAGUGAAUUUCACGGCGUGGGACUGACAGUUCUGGAGGGUGUUACGGCGUUCGACAAAGACUUACCCAAUACAGCCAACACGGAAAUUCAGUAUGCCAUUACGGGCGGAAACGAACUGCAGUAUUUCGGUGUGCCCAAUCCGUUGGAGGGCACUAUAAUUCUACAACGUAAACUGGAUUAUGAAUCCGGUCCACAUAUUUUCCGUUUGAAUAUCACCGCCAAGGAUGGAGGAGAACCUCCAAGGUCAAACUAUACCACGGUGACAAUUUUCGUUAUCGACGAGGAUGACCAGAAUCCGGUGUUCGAGAAGGAUUUUUACGAAGCCACCAUUAUCGAAGAAACUGAUGAGUUCAAGCCAAUUUUGACCGUCCAUGCGUGGGACGGGGAUGUGGGAAUCAAUGAAAGUUUGAAAUAUGAUAUUUCCGACGGAUUACAGUCUUUCAUCAAACAUUUCACCAUUGACUAUACAUCCGGUACAAUAUCGCUAUUGACCGCAAUUGACCGUGAGCAGCUACCGUCGGCUUUAUCCGGCUACAUUAAUAUGAUCGUUUCUGCAACACAAGAUAAUGAUCCAUCAAGAGUUGCCAAAGCUGCUGUGCGAAUUUACGUGGAAGAUGUGAAUGACAAUGGACCAAGAUUUCUAGAAUCAAUGGUAUCCAAAGAAAUCGAUUUACUGCCCACCGUACUUUCCGCACCCUACGUUGAUCUCGUCCAGCUGACCGUUGUGGAUCAGGACACGUCCGAUAAUGCCGCUUUCGUAGCCUUUAUCGAAUCCAAUAUCAGCCAGUCCAGCUACGUUAAACCGCUGAUGAUCCUCGAGCCCAAUGAAGGCAUCAACCAGACGAUGGUGAUCCGAGCCGACAACCUGACGGCCCUACUGGAGGAAGCUGGUGCGGAGUUCUCGCUCCGUGUUGUCGCCCUUGACUCCAUACGCAACAAGCGGACAGUGCGGUCGUCCAUGAAAUUACCGGUUGACUCGAUGCAGGAUAUUGCAUCCGUUCACAUUAAAUUCAAUACACCUUUCCCGGCACUAUGGAACGCAAAGGAUGCCAUAACCACUGGCCAAACCGGAAAAGAGUUCUUGUCACAGUAUCCUGUAAUUAUAAUGAUAAUUUUGGGAAGCCUGGUGUGUAUAUUGUUAAUCGUUAUUGCAAUCAUGGCGGUAGCGUAUCAUUCUCUGAAAGCCUCCAAGAAGGUUCAUCCAUUUUGCGACGCUACUUCUGUGAACAGCAGUAUUACGAUGUCGCCAGCAUCUCUUUGCGGAAGUAAUGAAAGUCAAGCAUGA